AUGUUGCUCAGUGCUUUGACAUUAAAAUCCUGGAAAACCAAGUGCGGUUGCGAAAUACCAGCAGGGGUGUUGAUCAACAGCAGAGUACUUGCCCUGACAUAUGUAAGCCUUGGGUUCUAUCUCCAAUACCAGAGAGAGAAGACGACAGAUGGAUUUAUUUUCACAGUAAAAAGACAAUGUGGCUAUCAUCCAGUGAAAAUUGGAGACCUCUUCAAUGGCCGUUAUCAUGUCAUUAGAAAGCUAGGAUGGGGGCACUUCUCUACUGUCUGGCUUUGCUGGGAUAUGCAGGGGAAAAGAUUUGUUGCAAUGAAGGUUGUAAAAAGUGCUCAGCAUUAUACAGAGACAGCCUUGGAUGAAAUAAAAUUGCUCAAAUGUGUUCGAGAAAGUGAUCCCAGUGAUCCAAACAAAGACAUGGUGGUCCAGCUCAUUGAUGACUUCAAGAUUUCAGGCAUGAAUGGUAUACAUGUCUGUAUGGUCUUUGAAGUGCUUGGCCACCAUCUCCUCAAGUGGAUCAUCAAGUCUAACUAUCAAGGCCUCCCAGUACGUUGUGUGAAGAGUAUCAUUCGACAGGUCCUUCAAGGGUUAGAUUAUCUACACAGCAAGUGCAAGAUCAUUCAUACUGACAUAAAGCCAGAAAACAUCUUGAUGUGUGUAGAUGAUGCAUAUGUGAGAAGAAUGGCAGCCGAAGCCACUGAGUGGCAGAAAGCAGGUGCUCCUCCUCCUUCUGGGUCUGCAGUGAGUACAGCUCCACAGCAAAAACCUAUAGGAAAAAUAUCUAAAAACAAGAAGAAAAAACUGAAAAAGAAACAGAAGAGGCAGGCUGAGUUGCUAGAAAAACGCCUACAGGAGAUAGAAGAAUUGGAGCGAGAAGCUGAAAGGAAAAUAAUAGAGGAAAACAUUACCUCCGCUGUUCCUUCCAAUGAGCAAGAUGAUGAAUAUCGCCCAGAGGUGAAGCUAAAAGCAGCAGGAUUAGAGGAGGCAACGGAGGAAGAGACUGGGAAGGACAAUGGUGAAGCUGAGGACCAGGAAGAGAAAGAAGACGCUGAGAAAGAGAAUGUUGAGAAAGAUGAAGAUGAUGUUGAACAGGAACUUGCAAACAUAGACCCUACAUGGAUAGAGUCCCCCAAAACCAAUGGUCAUAUUGAGAAUGGGCCAUUCUCACUGGAACAGCAGCUGGAGGAUGAAGAGGAUGAUGAGGAUGACUGCCCAAAUGCUGAGGAAUAUAACCUUGAUGAGCCAAAUGCUGAAAGUGAUUACACAUAUAGCAGCUCCUAUGAACAAUUCAAUGGUGAAUUGCCAAAUGGACAACAUAAGAUUCCAGAGCCACAGUUUCCAGAGUUUUCCACCUCAUUGUUUUCUGGGUCCUUAGAACCUGUGGCUUGCGGCUCUGUGCUUUCAGAGGGAUCACCACUUACCGAGCAAGAGGAAAGCAGUCCAUCCCAUGACAGAAGCAGGACAGUUUCAGCUUCCAGUACUGGGGAUUUGCCAAAAACAAAAACCCGGGCGGCCGACCUGUUGGUGAACCCCUUGGAUCCGCGAAAUGCAGAUAAAAUUAGAGUAAAAAUUGCUGAUCUGGGAAAUGCUUGCUGGGUGCAUAAACACUUCACAGAGGAUAUCCAGACGCGUCAGUACAGAUCCAUAGAGGUUUUGAUAGGAGCAGGCUAUAGUACGCCUGCAGACAUUUGGAGUACAGCUUGCAUGGUAAGAACAGCCUUUGCCAUUUUCUUUUGGGGAUUGACUUUUCCCUUUAAUGUUUUUGAUGGGUCAGAGUCUUACUGGGGCACAUGGUUUCAAUUUUUCUAA